AUGUAUCCGGUUGCUGGAGCUUUCGCCAAUCCACCUACUUCCACCGAAGGUGCGCAUAUACCUAACCCCCGGCCUUUGCGCGCUAUGACCUCUGCUGGGAAAGAGAUUUUCUAUCUUUCCAGCGAGGAGUCUGUGGGGUCUUCAAAUGGAGAGCUAAGUUCCUGGUCUAACAUCUUUGCAUGUGUGUUGCGCGACCUCGGGAUUGACCCAGAGGAGAAGAAGAAGAAGAAGUCAAAGAAGAAGAAAAUUGUUAACAUUGAUGCUGAUGUGACCAGCAAAAAGGGUGGUAGUAGCCGCGUGGCCUCCGGUGUUGCUGAUAAAGGCGAGAAGAAAACCGGCGCCGCUGGUUCGAAGAGCUCUGGGAGCGCGGGUUCUCGGAACCCUGAUGCUGGUGCCACUCCGUCUUCUGUCACGCUUGAGGAUGAAGAGAAGGAAGAAGAGGAAGAACCUGCUGGGAAGUUGAUAAGUAGGAAAAGGAGCAGGGAGACCAUAGCUGGUGCUUCUGUGGCGCAAAAGCCUGGUGGAGUCCCUUUUAUUGGAAAACAGAGCAACCUUCGCUCUCUUUAUAAAUUUUCUCCUGAGGCCAAAAAGAAAACCCCUGAAAAGAAGGCUAUUGCUUUUAAAGAUCGUCAGGAGCCGGCGCUGAAGAAGACCAAAGUUAUAAUUAAGCCUAUGAAGGCUGCUAGCAUAGAGUCUGAGAAGGAGAAGAAGAAGGCUGUUGAGAAAGUUGCUGAGAAGGAGAAGGAGAGAGAGAAAGAGAAGGCUUCGAGAAAGCCUGUUGGUAGUGAACGCAAGGAGACCGGGGCCGCUGCUACAACUGCACAUGAAAAGGCGAAGGGUCCGGAGGUCGUCCAUGUCACGGGGCUUGACCAGCCCUCUCAUGAGAAAAGAAAGGAACCUCAGGUUGAGAAGCCGACGAAGUCUGCGCAGCCUGAUGCCCCACUUCAUACUGCUAAAGUAACUUCUACUACUAGGGAACCAGGCUCUUCGAUUCAUAAGGAAAAAUCUACUGCUGCGGGAGGCGCGGGCUCGGGUGGUGCUGGAGGGUUCGUACCACAAUCUCCCAUCGACCCUAAAGAUAUUGUGGGUGAUCUUUAUUAUAAGACUUAUACGGAGGAGGCGCGCGGUAACGCUUCCCACCAAGCUCCCUGGGGUCUAAAGCAGAAGGAUACUUUCAUGGAGUUUAGUGCAUGUCGUGAUUGGUUCCUGAACUCCUUUCCUCCUGGUGAGGUUAACCGUCAAAGGGCCCGCACUCACGAUGGGCUAUACCAAGCUUAUGUGGUUGGGGAGGCCAAUACUCGCGCCGCCAAUCACCAGAUUGUACGUGAGUGGCGCACAAUGGUUAACGAGCGAGCUGAUUGGGAGAGGUAUCGUGAGCGUCUUGUGUGGCAAGCGAAGGAGUUUGAGAAGGCUAAUGCCGCACUUGCUGAGGAGAAGUCUAAGUUUGAGGCUGAUAGGAAGUCUGAGGAAUGGGGCCGCGAGGGCCUUAGGAGCAAGCUUCGUGCUGCUGAAGAUCUCCUGGCAAAGGAGCGUGCCGAGUGGAAGAAAAUUUGUGAGAAAGACAACCAGCGCAUGUAUGCGGUUCGUGCCAAGGUUACCGAGCUCGAGGGUAAGGUUGCUGAGUUGACAGGAAAGAUCGAAGAUGAGCAAACUACUAAGGAGCAUGCUGAGGCUGAGCUUAAGGCGCAGGUAUCCAGUAAGGAUAAGGACUUGGCGACCAAGGACGUCGAGAUUGCGGAGUUAAAGUGUCGCCUGCAAGAGCAGGUUGACAAAAGUGAGUCCUUGGAUAUCAACCUUGAAGCUGAGAUGGGGAAAGCUGCUUCUGCUGAGGAGGCUAAGCAAAAGGCUGAGGAGGCACGAGACAUGAGUACAUCCGCCCUUAACAUAGCACAGAACAAUUACUCCGAGGCCCAAGGCAUCGUUGACACGUUGGUUGCCGAGGCUGAGUGGAUGCGUGGCAGAGGAAUAGUUCUGAUGGCUAACUCUAUCCUGAAUGCUAGAGAAUUAGAUGAAGCUGUUGCUGCUCUAAUAGAUGCCUCCCACGUGGUUGGUCACCGUGGAGGUUAUCUGGAGUGUGCGCAGCAUGUUGAGGAGGCAAUGGGACAAGAGUUCGAUGUUAGCCACUGCUCCAUGACCGAUCAGGCUGAUGCUGAGUUGGCCCGUGCUGAAAAAGCUUAUGAUCAUCUAUCACUACCUGUGAUGGAUUUGGUUGCGGAGGCACUGAAGCAUGAUUGGUGCCAACGGCUAAAAGCCAUUCUCGACCCACCAGUACUGUUGAAUUAUCUAAUGAGGAGGAACCAGCGGGCAAUGAUGGCGAUGGUGAUGGUGAUAAGCACAACGACGAUGAUGAUGGUGGUGACGGCUAUGAGUAGAUAG